AUGGCUCCAGCAAGCUCGAUGAACUCACUCAACAUCCUUGAUUUCGUGGUUAAUAAAGGUCACGGAGUCAAAGGUUUAGCAGAACUGGGACUCGACACCCUACCGCACCAAUACAUUCAACCUUUGCAUGAACGGUUCGAUACUACGACGAAUGAGGAAGCGCCACCUAACGACUGCAUCCCAGUCAUCGAUAUGUCCAACUGGGACGACCCGAAAGUUGCAGAAGCAAUAUGUGAUGCAGCACAGAAAUGGGGUUUCUUUCAGAUAGUAAACCAUGGAGUUCCUAUUCAUGUUCUUGAGGAUGUCAAAGAUGCAACUCAUCAGUUUUUCAAGUUGCCAGCACAAGAAAAACACAAAUACUCAAAAGAACGAUCGGUUACGAAUAGAGUUCGUUUCGGUACGAGUUUUACUCCUGAAGCCGAGAAAGCUCUCGAGUGGAAGGAUUUUCUCAGUCUAUUCUUUGUAUCCGAUGAUGAGGCUGCUUCCCUCUGGCCUCCGGUAUGCAGGAAUCAAGCUUUGGAAUACAUCAAGAGUUCUGAACUCAUCGUCAAGAAGUUGCUAGAGAUACUGAUGAAAGGACUGAACGUAAAAGAGAUUGAUGAAUCGAUUCUAAUGGGAUCGAAGCGGAUCAACCUUAAUUACUAUCCUAAAUGUCCUAACCCCGAGCUCACAGUCGGUGUGGGGCGUCAUUCAGACGUUUCCACACUCACUAUACUCCUUCAAGACGACAUCGGAGGGCUUUACGUGCGAAACACAGAGACUAUGAAAUGGGUUCAUGUCCCUCCGGUCACCGGAUCUUUGGUGAUCAACGUUGGAGACGCGCUUCAGAUCAUGAGUAACGGCAAGUACAAAAGUAUCGAGCAUCGAGUAAUUGCUAACGGGAGCAGCAACAGGAUUUCAGUGCCAAUAUUCGUGAACCCGAGGCCUAGCGAUAUUAUUGGACCACUGCCGGAAGUGCUUCACGGUGGAGAGAAACCAGUCUACAAGAAUGUCCUCUAUUCGGAUUACGUCAAGCAUUUCUUCAGAAAAGCACAUGACGGGAAGGCCACAGUUGAGUUUGCAAAGGUAUAG